AUGUUUAGACCAUCACGCAAUCAUUCCUGGCUUACCGGUACAAUAGAUGAUCGCCUUUCGCCCGGGCAGCCAGCGCGUAAGCGCAAAUCGGUCGCAUCCCCUGAAGGCGAUGAGGAUGUAGCUCAUGCCUCACAAUCAACACCCCAAAGAGCAAAGAAGACCAAACGAGCUCCUGAAAUCAUUGAUCUCACCGCUAGCUCACCAGAACCGUCUCCUAGGAAGAGGGCCAAGCGCAACAGUGAUGCGCCUGUAGAGGAGAAGCGUCUCAGGCAGUUCCGCACCAGAGCGCCGCAAAGCUAUCUAGUCGUCAAGGAAAGGGCGCUCACACAGCGCCUCACUGUUCUCUCGCGCGAACGAUGCGGUACCGAGGAUAUUCCUCAGGAGAGGGUCCGAAUUGCGGGAUCGACUGGUAACGUCUACACCGUUCGAAUCGACCUUACACCUCGAUGCGACUGCCCACAUGCUCUAAAGGGAAAUCAAUGCAAGCACGUCGUAUAUGUCAUGCUUCGCGUACUCAAAGCUCGAGAUGAGACUGCAUACCAGCUCGCGCUGCUCAGUUCCGAAUUACGUGAGCUCAUCCAGAAUGCGCCGCCGAUUCCAGGUGUCGAGACCAAUGGCAAGGAUGGAACCGAGACAGAAGGAGAAGACACGAACCGUAAGCCUAUAGAAGGCGAGUGUCCUAUUUGCUACGACGAGCUUGAAGACAAAGACCACACGGUUUACUGCAAGUCUAGUUGUGGAAAUAACGUACACAAGGACUGUAUGCAGAAGUGGAUCGCCAUCUCCAUGGGCACAGCGACGUGUCCGUACUGUCGAGCCAAGUGGCCACAGGAGACUGGGCUGGAGGGCAAGCUGGGCGAAAUUGACACGACGGGACUAGAGGUCAAUGAGGAUGGAUAUGUCAAUGUUGCUAGGCAGCUCGGCUUGGAUGGCGAGAGAGACUAUUCGACAUACCAUCAGCGGUGGGUGCGCAGACAAUGGGGAUAUAGUGGUGGUCGGGCGUCCAACCGUUAUGACUAUGGCGACUACUAUCACUGA